GGCUGCGCGGCAUCGCGCAAUAUUCGCGUAAUACGAGUGCGCGGAUAAUACACAUACGCGAAGUCGCGAACGCCGUAUGUUGUGGCUUGGCGUCCGGCAGUUCGGACGUUCGGAGCGCGAACACGUACUGUUGAUACGGGAGCGGGCCGACGGCUGGAGCGGAUCUCGCAUUUCUUCCCACUUCCUUUCCCGCUGCGGCGCCGAAGAACAUGCUGGCGAUCGUUCGACGGCCGACGACACGCCGGACGAUCCCGUAGACGAUUCCGGACUAAAAAUAAUAUCAGGUUCAGGACGCGAGGCUUGGCGGGGAUUUAAAUUUGGACGACGUAUCUCGAGCGGCGUGGCGCAAACCGGCCCCCGAGGGGUAGGACGAGGACUAUUUUAAAGCGACCGGGUGGCGCUUUUAUGUCGGCCUUGGUGCGACACGCGACCACGAUCGACGUCGACGCCAGGGAUCUCUUCGCGUAGCCUCCGUCUUCGUCGUAGCUGCCGCUAAUAUGGGGAUAAUACUGUCCAGAUUUCAGAGAAAGAAGACAACCAUUGAAGUUUUGGAGAAUCUCGAUGCACAAAUCAAAGACAUCCAACAGUAUGGGCAGACUACGGAGCAGAGGCACAAGAAGAUAGUGGGCACCAUCAUUAUUUAUGGAGUCAUCCUUUACAUUAUGAUAGCAUUUAUCUUUUACUUUUGCUUCUUCCCGGCCUCGUUGUACGAUCAGCUCUUUUAUAUAACGCCAUUACUGUUUUUCCCAAUUUUAAUACUUUUAACAAAGAAAAUGGUUUCGUGGUAUUACAAUCGUAAGAUUACUCAUAAUCGAGAAAAAUUGUCGACGAUCGUAGCGGAGAAAAAGAAGAUAUUAAACCAAGUUACCGAAACAGAGACGUACAAGAAAGCUAAGGAGAUAUUGCUAAAAUUUGCGCCGGAUGAAUUAAACAUGUCGCCUUUAACUCCAAAGCUUCCCCAAAGGAUGGUAAUACCAUCUGAAACACCUCGACGUCCUACGCCACAGGCUGUAAUAUCUCCCCUCCCUACUGAAUUAAGGAGAAGAAUCAUACCGACACAAAAUACACAGAGUGGUGUACCUACUUCUGGUCAAACAACACCUACCAUUAGAUCGAUUAAUCAACCUUCAAGGACUUCUUUCCAGCCUAGAAUAAUUAAUCCCGCAGCCAUAGGUUUCCGAUCACCAUUACCACGACCUGUAUUACCGCAACAAAGAUCAGUGAUCGAUCGAUUGGUUGAUUAUUUAGUAGGUGAUGGCCCUUCAAAUCGCUAUGCUUUAGUUUGUCGACAAUGUGAGUCGCACAAUGGAAUGGCUCUGAAAGAAGAGUUUGAAUAUUUCGCAUUCAGGUGUUGUUACUGCGGUUUCUGGAAUCCUGCAAGGAAACAAAAACCUUUUGCACCGAAAUUAGACUUCGACAAUUCUUCUGUAACUUCGAAUACCGAAGUCAGUGUAUCUCAUACAAACGAAGAGACAAUAAAACUUGCUGAGCUGGAAACAUGCACAGGCACGCAAUCAGAUACAGAUUCAGAUAUUGAAGUAGUUGAAAAACCAGGCGAAAUAUCUGACACACCUGAAUCAGAAACUAAAGAAUUAGUAGAUGAGAAAUUAUUAGAUGAGAAUGAAUCUGAUAAGGACAAACCCAUUUCAGAAUCGUAGCGCUCAUAACUUUUCUAUUUGAAUAAAUAGCCCGAAGGCGAAAAAGGAUAUUUAUAAAUCAGAAUUUCACGUAAGUUUAAAAUUUGAUAAAAGUGAAGAGGCAAGAAUGGAAACGUAAAAUUAAACGUAAAUUGAAAAAGUAAAAUAAAUUAUUAAGUAUGUUGACUCUCUUAAUACGUAAUGAGAGCUAGAAGUGUAAAAUAUCAUUUUAGAUUAUAGAUAUAAUUGUCAAUUAAAACAUUGCUAUUUAAUAGAAGUUGUUGCUAUAAUUUAGAAGUAACAAAUAUAUGGUUGUUGAUAAUGUAUGUAAUGAAUCUAUAGACUUCUUUCUUUAAAGUUUCGAUUGAAAACAGCGUUUGCAAGACAAUUUCUGGAAAAUGUAUGAGAAUCUUAUAUUUGACUAAUGAUUUGUAGGUCUCAUUUCAGCCUUUUUGCAUUUGGUGACAA